CCCCAGCCCCAAUUUGAACAUUUUAAUAUGCAUCUUUUUUUUUUUCCUUUACCAAUAAUAUGAAGAUCAGCAGCUCCCAGGCCACCAUGGGGCUGAUCCCAGUUAUUCAGGCCACACCACGGGUGUGGAGUCCCGCUAAGAUUUUCUGGCUGGCCAAGGCCACUAGAACAAAGCUAUCUUGGGGUUCCCGGCCACUCUGGAUCUUGAACCGGUCCUGGCCCCAUCUUCAGGAAAAGGAAAUUGCGGGCAGGGCAAGCCAGGGCUGACUUUCCUUCCCUUGAUGUGCCCAAGAUCACUCUGAAUGUCAGGGUCAGGCCGGGGACACGCGGUGGCUGAUAUUUUUAGGGAAGGAAAAUGUGUGGCUGAGGAUCUGGUUUCUCUGGCCAAGAGUGGGGAGGAGGGAGGAGUGAUGGAGGGGGAGGCGAGGAAGGGGGAGGCUCCCCACACCCCCGCCUGGGGCUAAUUUAGGCAAAGGGCGCCCUGAGCUAUUUCCAGCUGUAGGAACAAGUGUGCCCCCCCCGCCCUUCCCCCUCUGCCCUGGCCUCCUCCCCCGAGAUGCCCUCCGGGGUGCCCGGCGCCUAUAAAAGUGCUGGGUUUUCUCAAUGAAGCCGGGACAGCCUGGCAGCAGGUUACAGCCGAGCGCACUGUCCCCGCCACCCUCUGCGGAUAUGAAGAUCGUCGUGGGCAUCGGAGGUGUGACCAACGGUGGGAAGACCACCCUGACCAACAGCCUCCGCAAGGCCCUGCCCAACUGCUGCGUGAUCCACCAGGACGACUUCUUCAAGCCUCAAGACCAAAUAGCUGUCGGGGAGGAUGGCUUCAAACAGUGGGACAGUAAGGACAACAGCCACGCCUGUCGCUCUCUGUCCCCCAUGGUCCCCGGCUCCUGGUCCUCCGCCAACUCCCACUGUCCCCCCGCUGCAGUGCUGGAGUCUCUGGACAUGGAGGCCAUGCUGGGCACCGUGCAGGCCUGGCUCAGCAGCCCCCGGAAGUUCGCCCGCACGCAUGGGGUCCACCUGCAGCCCGGCACCCCAGACACCCACAUCCUGCUGCUGGAAGGCUUCCUACUUUACAGCUACAGGCCCCUGCUGGACUUGUACAGCCGCCGUUACUUCCUGACCCUCCCCUACGAGGAGUGCAAGUGGCGGAGGAGCACCCGAAGCUACCCAGUCCCUGAUCCCCCCGGGCUGUUCGACGGCCACGUGUGGCCCAUGUACCAGAAGUAUAAGCGGGAGAUGGAGGCUGACGGCGUGGAAGUGGAAGUAAACCGUUAUCUGACUGGGGUGAGCCAUCUUCUCCCACCCACUGAGACUGAGCCCGAGCCUGAGACUCCUGAAUCUAAGACUGAGAACAGAGCUGGCUGGACGGCACACGGCCCCGAGAGGAGCUCUUCCUGCAGGUGCUGGGUGACAUCUACAACUCGCUGCUCAACCACCCCUAGUGCUGCCACCUGCCCGCCUGCCGGGCCACAGGGAGCCAGCGGGACUGCAGCCCCAGGGCGCCCUGUCCUGGGCGAGCGGCCAGCUGCUGCGUGGCCGUGUCCUCGUCAGGGACAACCAUGCAGAGAGUGUGUGUGCUGUCGCGGGCUCUGGGAUCCCAGGUGCCUUUGUGACCUCGCUGUGGCUUCCGGAAUAAACUCGGUCUUAUUUUUAUAAUC